AUGACCUUGAUCUCAAGUCGUUACCAGAACCUCCUCUACCACCUCGAAUUUGUUGCCCCUCGGACCCAGAAUCAUUCACCCCACGCUGCGAUUUCUCGCGGAACAUUUCAGCUGCACAACCCCGGACCUGCUCAACUGUCCCACCCACCGCCAUUGUCUUUGCAGAAGCGUCGCACUAGCUUUGACCUCACGGGAGCUUUCCAACGUUGUGGGAUCAGGGCCGGUGACCCAGCAUGGCACAAGUCUAUCAUAGCGUAUCUCUCAGCGAACGAUCUACCGGAGACGGCUGCGACGCUCAGGAAGGAACUGGCCAUUGCCGAGGACAGCUUCGAUGCAAGUACAGUGAAAAAGUAUGAAACACUGCUGGAGAAGAAAUGGACAAGCACGGUUCGCCUACAAAAAAAGGCAAGUCGGAAAUUAAAGAUUAUCUGGGACGCUAUAAUGGACCUUGAGUCCCGUAAUGCAACCUUGCAAUCGGAACUUGACAGCUCGACGCCUGCCUCCCUCCGUGCACGCAAUAAAGACCCCGAAUCCUGGCUUCCACAACAACACCCCCGGUACUCACUGCAUUCGCAUCGCGACACUAUCAAUUGUAUCGCAUUUCAUCCCAAAUUUUCUUCCAUAGCGUCCGGGUCUGACGACUUCACGAUUAAAAUAUGGGACUGGGAACUUGGAGAAUUGGAGAUGACUCUCAAGGGCCAUACAAGAGCGGUGCGCGGUCUCGAUUAUGGCGGUCCUCCAGGGGGCAUCCUUCUAGCCUCCUGCAGUUCCGACCUUACCAUCAAGCUAUGGAAUCCGACAGACGGGUAUAAAAAUUUCCGGACGCUACAGGGCCACGACCAUAUUGUUAGCGCUGUGCGGUUCAUACCCAAUGGGAGCUUGCUUGCCAGUGCAAGCAAAGAUAACGACGUGAGGUUAUGGGAUGUAACUAAUGGGUAUUGCGUGAAGACGAUAUCAGGACACACAGGCUGGGUGCGAGACGUCUGCCCAUCCAUCGAUGGAAAGUUCUUGCUCUCUACCGGAGACGACAUGACUGUCCGACUGUGGGACAUUUCCUUGGCGAAGCCGGAAAACAAGCUGACCUUGAUCGGCCAUGAGAACUUCAAUGAGUGCUGCGCGAUUGCUCCACCAACCUCCUAUCGCUACCUUGCGCCUUUAGCCGGAUUGAAGGUCUCGUCUGCGGGGACUACCGCAGAGUUCAUGGCGACUGGAUCGCGCGACAAGACCAUCAGACUCUGGGACGCCCGCGGGAAAUGCCUCAUGACGUUGAUCGGCCAUGACAACUGGGUACGGGCGGUUGUUUUCCAUCCCGGAGGGAAAUAUCUUCUUUCUGUCUCGGAUGACAAGACAAUACGUUGUUGGGACUUGAGCCAAGAAGGUAAAUGUGUGAAGACGCUCAGGGACGCACAUGAAAGUUUCAUUACAUGCUUGAAGUGGGCUCCGGGAAUAGCCAAAGAUAUACAAACGGAUCCUGCCAGUGCCUCGGGAGCACAGGCUGCGGACGGUACAGAGGCACCGAAGAGCAAGGCCGGCGGAGAAGCCUCGCAGAUCCGUUGUGUUAUUGCGACUGGCAGCGUGGAUCAGAAGCUACAGAUAUUUGCGGGCUGA